AUGAAUACCUUUGACUUCAACAUCGGCAGCUCAAGAGAUGCCGCCAGGAAAGGCAGGAUUACUGAGAGGGAGCUCAGUCCUAGUGCUGUUCCCGGCCGGAGCAGAAGCAGCUCGCUGAGUCUGUAUGACAAGCACAACGCUCCCACACGAACUUCGGCAAAGAGGACGAACGAUUCGGAUUCUGAAAAUGAAGACCGACGAGGAGGAGGAGGAAAGCACCGCCCGGGCUGUUCUGCGUACUCGAAUGUUGCGAGGGAGAGAGCAUCCGGGUAUGUUGCGAGGAAUUCUAAUUCAUCUUCUUCCUCGUUGGAAAGAGGAACUUGCUAUGGAUCUGCACAGGUUGCACACCUCACCGCCGGAUAUCCUCGCAAGAUCGACACCAAAGUUUCUCGGACUUCUGAUAGUAGCGUUCAGUCUGCUAUCAGCUCUACGGGAAGCUCGGUGCAAAGAAAGGGAUCUUCCAUCUUUGAUCGACGGAGUUCUCGGUGGGACAGCACGGGUACUGAUAUCACCACGCCUGACAUCAAUGAUUGCCAGAGCAAGUCCAGCUGCUCUGGGAACGGAUCUCAGGGAUUCACAAUCGAUCGUUGCGCUGAGGCGCAGUAUUCCUCUGCCAUCGUAGAGGAUCCAGAAGAACUAUGCUWGGAUCUUCAAGACAAAAAUCCAUUAGCGACCGACGCAGAAUACGACGACUCCCAAGACGACGACUCCCGCUCGCCGACUCUGGUGGAAGAAUGUUCGACAAUCCCACAAGAGAGCCUUCCAUCCGACCUAUUUCCCGCCCCAUUCGUCACCUCCGACCUCCAAGUCCACCAAGUCCGCGUCCAGGACUUCUCAGCGGGUACGCACGAAGUCCACAACUCGGUGGAUAUGGCCGUCGAUAUCAUCGCGACAUACCCUCAACGACACCGAAAAUCCAUCUUCAUCGAGAUGAACGAUGACGAACCCUGGAUCUCAAUUCCUCCAGUCGAAAGCGGAACAGUMACCAUCGAUGCUCAGGACAACGAAGCAUGGCAGGAAACCCUUCGAAAUCUCUCCGUUUCGGCCGUGAGUGGUAAUGCACGAUUCUACUCUCGAAGAGAUUCCCAACCGGCAAUACUCCCUGUCGUGGCAGAGGAACAGUCAGAAUCUCGAGCAUUCGGACAUAAACGCAGUAUCGGCGAGGAGACAUUACCGGCGACGACAUUUGAGCCUUGUGGGGCAUUCCCUCUCUAUGACCAAGCGAUUCAUAAUGAGGGACAACAGGAUAUCGUCGAACCAAGCCAUCGAAGGAAUAGUGCCGUGUUGUCGCGCCCGAAGACCAUUUAUGUGAUUCCCGAAACGGGGAAGCAGAAGAUUUCUGGGAGUUAUGAGGAGGAGGAUGAUGAGCUUGAUGAGGCUGGCUGUUGCUGA